ACGAAGACUGCUUGCGAUUCCUGCUCUUCGUGCCAGAGCCUGCAGCAGUCUCUGAGGCGUCCCACUGUCGCUUUUUUUGUGAAACCGUCGCCUCGCAUGACGAACCGAAGGAAGACUUUAUUCGCCUUGAACUGGGACCGAAGGAUAUCGCUACUUUUAAACAAUUUCCAACACUGUUAGGGGACUGAAUGAAGACACCUGACAGCUCAUAACGUCCUAUGCGGCUGUUGACUGGCUUCUUUUCAACUGUGAAGGCUAUAGGAAUGUGGAAUACUAGUCUAUGUCAGCGGACCUGCCUCUGCCCCUGACACCAUGACUACGGACCUGAACUUGACCUCCCUGCUGAAUGUAACAGAUCUCCAUAACCACACAAGAGGAUGUUCCCUCACCAAGACGGGCUUCCAGUUCUACUACCUGCCCACUGUUUACAUCAUGGUUUUCAUCACGGGGCUGGUGGGCAACAGCCUGGCCAUUUGGAUGUUUGUGUGCCACAUGAGACCCUGGAGCAGCAUCUCUGUCUACAUGUUCAACCUGGCCCUGGCUGACUUCUGCUAUGUCCUCUCGCUGCCCUUCCUCAUCUUCUACUACUUCAACAAAACAGACUGGAUAUUCGGGGACGUUCUGUGCCGACUGCAACGUUUUAUUUUCCAUGUGAAUCUUUAUGGGAGUAUUCUGUUUCUGACAUGCAUCAGCGUUCACAGGUACACCGGGGUCGUGCACCCACUCAAGUCUCUGGGCCGACUGAAGAAGAAAAAUGCAGUUAUUACCAGUGCUUUAGUGUGGGUGGUGGUUGUUAUAGCUAUCUCUCCUAUCCUUUAUUAUUCCAGGACUGGCUUAAAGCGUAAUGCAACCACUUGUUAUGACACCACCACUGAGGAUGAGUUACCGGGUUAUUUUAUCUACAGUAUGACUUUGACUGUGUUUGGGUUCUGCAUCCCCUUUAUUAUCAUAUUUUGUUGCUAUGGCAUGAUCGUCAAAGCAUUAAUCUGCAAUGACAUGAACAAUGCGCCCCUGCGGCAAAAAUCUAUCCACCUGGUUAUCAUAGUGCUUGCUGUCUUUGCUGUCUCCUACCUGCCUUUCCAUGUGAUGAAGAACCUCAACAUGAGGGCCAGGCUGUACUUCCAGAGCCCUGACAUGUGUGCUUUUAAUAACCGCGUCUACGCCACCUAUCAGGUGACACGGGGGCUGGCCAGCCUCAAUAGCUGUGUGGAUCCUAUUCUUUACUUCCUGGCUGGAGAUACCUUCAGGAGGAAGCUGUCACGGGCCACUAAAAAACCCUCCAAGAAGGGGGACAAUGUCCUUCAGUCCAAGAGCGAGGAGACAGCUCUCAACAGCCUGGCUGAGUAUGUGGAGAAUGGGGACCGGAGGCUGUGACAUGGCACCUCUGUGUGCCUAGUCAUGGGUGUGGAUCUCUUAUUAGCUUUGGAAACCAAGAUGGACUUUGUAUUGAAUAAAUAAAUGCACUGUGUGGACUCAAGCCUGUGUGGACGAUGGUUUAUAGAACUUUAAGAUAAAUACUCCAUAUUUAACCCUCUGACAACCAUCGCUUGCUUGCAGCCUGACGAUGUUGAUAAGCUAUUGUACUGUAUUGUCCUGUACAUGUAUUGUACUCUAAGCCAUUGCUCUUCAUUCUUACUGAGUAGUUAACAUUGCUUACACUUUGGACAAAAUGAACAUUACGAUGAGGCGAGCUGGGGGAAAUAGGUUUCCCUACAAGCUGUAAUGUCCUGUUCAUCAAUUUGUUCUGGAAAAAUAGGACUGAGAAUGGAUAGCACCUUCUCUAGCCAUCUAGCUGAUGCUUAAUCAAUAGCUAUUAAGCAGGUGAGAGCUUGUGGUUAGGAAAGUGUACCUGGGAUCGGAUGGCUUUUAGAGGAAAAGGUGAAUGCACUGAACCUGACAUUGCUGCAUGGAUGUGCCGUGCAGACAUUGUAAUGCACUAUGACCGGGAACUCUCUGCUCAGUGGGCUACCUAUAACUCCUCAUUUCUUUCUCCAUCUAUUACUGAACGGUCAAGGAAUUUGUUUGACUAGUUUUUCAUUUUGACAGCUCUGAGGUUAAGGUCUGCAACGGCCCUGUUACCACAAUCUUCCUCUCUGUGUUAACCCAUACAGAAAAAAAAAGAAGAUAAUACUUACAGUAUUUUUUUGUGUAUACAAUAUUACAAUUAAUGUUUUUUUGAGGUGUGCUGUACAGGAUGUUGUGAAGUUCCAGAUGAGUUUGUGUUGUUAACUGUUUUUGUUCAAGUCAGUAUCUCUAAUCCAGACCUUUAGUGCGUGAGUCCAGUAUCAAAUACCAUAAGUGAAACACUGACAUAACCACAGCAGGUUCUAACUACUCAAGUGUUUAUUGCAACAUUGGGAAUUAAUAAUAGCUUUUAAAUGAGCUGAACAGACACACACACUCAAUCACCUGCUUUGUGACUCCAUCAACAUAUUAAAUUUGUAUGUACUUGUAUGUAUGAGAUACCUCAAAGUAAGUACUGCACUGUGUCCGUGUUUUGACAAAUACUCAUUUCUCUUUUGUAUCUGUAGUAAUAACUCUGGAGAAAUGAUUGUGGAGCUCUUUGUAUCAAUUUUGCCCUGGAGUACGUAGAUGUUUGAUGUCUGUACUAAAAUCUUUGUAAAUCUGUAACGUGGUCAGGUACUGUCAAGGAAAGAAGUGAAUCACCUGUAUAUAGAAGAAUAUUUGGGGCCACAUGUGUCUUUGUCAAUAAAUUUUUAUAUUUAAAACAUGCCA